GGGGGGUCUGUUCGCUGGGCUAAAUGUCGCCGCGUAUGUGCCAAGUCACCGCUCCGUCAUAUGUUCAGGGAUUACGUAACACAGCUGUGGUCGGACAGUGUACCCCGCUGUCCACAGGCUCGAUACCGUCUUCGUACCGAAGGGAGAAAUGGAUGAGAGGAGCGAUAACUGCGAGGAGGGUGCCAAGUAUUACCGACUGUCGGAAAUCGAAGAGCAGAACACCUUCCAGUCGACCUGGAUCAUCGUGCACAACCGAGUGUACGAUGUGACGAAGUUCCUGGAAGAGCACCCGGGCGGGGAGGAGGUGCUGCGGGAGCAUGCAGGAGGAGAUGCCACCGAGAGUUUUGAAGAUGUGGGACACUCCACCGACGCCCAUGAGAUGGCUGCCCACAUGGUGAUUGGAGAACUGCACCCGGAUGACAGAGAGUUGAUUGCCAAACCACUGGAAACACUGGUGACCACUAUUCAUGACGAACCCAGCUGGUGGUCUAACUGGUUAAUUCCUGCUCUGGCAGCAGCAACCAUCACACUGAUGUACCGUAUGUACACCGCAGAUGACCAGUGACAUCAUCAGCACUCGACGGCCCGAUAUGAUGUCAUCAGCUGGCGCCAUCACCGUCACCUGUUGAAUUAUAGAAAUCCCCCGAGUGUCAGACCGGCAGCCCGUCAGGCCAGCGGUGUUUGAUUUAGCUCGACUAAGGCUUCAGCGGUAGAAGAACCCUUCCCAGAACUAGGCCAUUUAGGAUAGAAGACUGUGUGGACUCGUCGAAUGUACCCUCUGAUGCUUUUCUACCACGAGUCCACACGACCACCACACCCCUACAACCACAGAGCCGCAAUACCCGCCAUUCACUUCUCACAUUUUACCCAACCGGCUGAACGGCUUUAUGCUCAUGAAGGCAUUCACUCGCUGCACCGAUCCUGCCAUUUACAUUCCACGAUGGAAAACUGGUUUUCCAUCAAAUGUCUUGAAAGUGCCUCUGAUAAUGUUGUAGAGAUUACAUGAAUGUAUAAUUUGCUAUAUUUUGUGUAUCAAUAUGUGUUUUGUCUCAAUUACCAUGCAAUCAGCUGCAAAGCUACUUUUAUUAAAGAUUAUUCAAACUA